AUGGUGAACGACAUAACAAAGUUUCAAAAAGUUGACCCUGAGACUAUAAAGACCAUGGUAAAUUUUUCUGAGAAAAAAUAUGAGGAAAUGGUCAUGGGUGAACGUGAGGCAAUUCCGUUUGCAAAGAUACAGAAUAACAUCAAACCACAUGUGAUCAUCGGCCAUAAUUCAAAUGGAUUUGAUAUGCUAUUCAUCAUGCGAAGGUUGGAAUGGCUUGGUAGUACAAUGAUGGAAGAAUUUUAUAGGAUAGCGACUGAUGCGAUAGAAUAUACUUAUAUCAAGUUUGACGGAACACUGUUCUGGUACUCAAUGACAAUAUUUCAACGUGAGUUCCCCGGGCGUCAGAGUAGUUUAAAUUACAUGCUUGAUACUCUAGAGAUCCCUUCUAAGAUCGGGUUGAGUUACAGACAUAUAGAUGAGAUUGUACUGCUUGCUAUUGAAACGGCCAAGAUUCAAGAUGAAAUGACCAAAUUAAAUGUUGAUUCGAUGGAUUACCAUAACAAGAUCGAAGAACUUAAUUCAAGACAAAAUAAAGUUAUUAAUAAUUUACAUGGAGAAGAGGGGUUGAAAAGCUUUGUACAGAUAUCCUUGAAUACUGUUUCUACGAUUCAUGCUAAGGAGUAUAAUAAAGAACAUAAUGACAAGUCGGUAUUGUACAGUAUCAAAGAUAAGAAGAAAUUUCAAGGUGCGGAGGUGAUCGACCCAGAGACCGGGUAUGAAAAGCCCAAUGAGAAACAUCAAGUAGUACAUCUCAUAGACAAUAAUGUAGGAACAAAUCAGGAUAUAUACUUUAUCCAUGAGGAUACCCAAGAAAGCAUCAUACGAAAUAUUCUCAAGGAUCUGAUAAAAAAGAGAAAAGAAGCCAAGAAAGAGCGUGACAAGUAUAUUGGAAUCAAUGAUGUGAUGUAUAAUAUACUAGAGCAGAAGCAACUUGCGUAUAAAGCAUCGGCAAAUGCAUUAUACGGAGGCCUAGGUUCACCGUAUCUCGAAUCGUAUCACACCGGGGAAUAUAGAGAUGACCAGAACAUGAUCUGUGACGAAACCAGUGAGGUAAUCUAUGGAGACACAGAUUCUUGCCUAGCACGAUUACCAAAGCGUAUCUUAUGUUGUAUACUUGAAAAAUACUACGGCCAUUUGAAAUAUAUCGAGUUAAAUAAUGGUUUGGUAAAGGAAUAUGAAGAACUUAUAUUCAAGAUGUAUGAUGAGCUUACCAAAGAGGGAAGCAUAUUUGGUAAAAAAAAACGCUAUGCGGGUUAUAAAUUUGAAUUACAAAGCAAUAGAGACCCUCCAGAUUACUUUUUUUCAGAAAUAUUUUCUGGUACUAAAAAUUAUAUUUCAAGAAAUGCAAAGCUCUUUAACAAACGGCUCAUAUUUGAUGAGAUAGUAAACAUAUUUCUAACCGAAAGUGAUGAGUUUAAAAAGUAUGCGGUUAUGAACCGGUUUUCCAAUAUUCAUGUUAGGGGCCUGCCUAUAGUUCGACGUGAUGCAAAUAACUCCUCUAAG